GAGCUGGACUGCAGACGGAGCUGGAGACGCCUGGUUUAGCAAGCUCUCGCACUUUUCUCAAAGCCGGAGAAAUCGCAGCGUGCCAAGAUGUGCAAAGGAUUAGCUGCGCUGCCCCACACGUGCCUGGAGAGAGCCAAGGAGAUCAAGACCAAGUUGGGCACGCUCCUCCAGAAGCCCGACUCGACCAUUGACCUCAUCAUCCCCUACCCAGAGAAGCCGGAGAAGCCCGCCAAAGCCCAGAAGCCAUCACCAGAGGAGGCUUUGCAGUGGCGCGAUUCCCUGGAAAAGCUCCUGCAAAAUACCUACGGGCUCGCCAGCUUCAGCAGCUUCCUGCGCUCCGAGUUCAGCGAGGAGAACGUCGAGUUCUGGGUCGCCUGUGAGGACUACAAGAAAACCAAGUCUCCUGCGAAGAUGGUGGAGAAGGCCAAGAAGAUUUACGAGGAGUUCAUCCAGACCGAGGCACCUAAGGAGGUGAAUAUUGACCACUUCACCAAAGCCAUGACCAUGAAGAACCUGGUGGAGCCAUCAGUGAGCAGCUUUGACAUGGCCCAGAAGAGGAUCUUUGCCCUGAUGGAGAAGGACUCCCUGCCGAGAUUUGUGCGGUCAGAGUUUUAUCAGGAGUUGAUCAAGUAGCAACCUGGCCAGGCUGUGCGAGGCACUCCCCAUGAGUGAUCCCACCGCUUCUGUCUGAUCGCCUUCUCCUCUCGCUGCUUCGCUUUCUCAUUGCCACCCUCAAAGGGCACUCAGGAGUGUUGCUAAACAUCUCUCCCAGUGCUUUGGACUCCAUCAGAGAUGCCAGAUGUCUCCUCUCUUACACUCUCAGUCCUCUCUCAUCAAAAGACCAAUUAGCAGAAACACCUGGUGAACCUCCCCUGGAUUUUAGGUGGGGGCAGUGGAAGCAGCUGAGCAGCUGAUAUCAGCUGUGACCCCACAGCAGCUGGAGCAUGGGGGCCAGGGCCAGGGCCAGGGCCAGGGCCAGGGCCAGGGCCAGGGCGUGCUUCCCUGGGGCUGUGACGCUCAUCUUUAUCCAGAGGUUUUCAGAUGCCAGCCUCUGCCUUGCAGGCCCCCUCUCAGUGCUGCUGGGGGGAUUCUGGGUGCUGGGUUUAACACAGACAAACUGCCCUGCUGCCCCUCCAGCUGCUUCCACCCCCAGCCCUCUGGUCCCUUGCAAAGUGCCCCUGGGCAACCGUUUCUGUUGCAAGCUCCUGCCACGUGUGUGCCACAGCUUAGCGCUGCCUAGUGCCGCGGCGCCUGCAGACGCUGGUCCGCGGCCGCGUGCACGAGGGGGAGGGCUGGUGCCCGCAGCUGCUCUGGGAUCAGUUCUUUGAUUUGGCUGUCGGGUGAAGCAAAGGUGACAGACAGCAAUUACAUCCGUAGGGAAGGGAGGGAGCCCGAGGCCGUGCCGCCCAGGGCGCCAUAGCUGGCGCCAGGCGAGAGGCAGAGCCAGCAGGCAGCGCUCCUCGCUCCUCGCCCAACGGCUGCGCCUGGGAGGGUGCCAGAGGGAUAAAACCAAACCUGUCCGUUCAAAGCACUGGGGCUGUUUAGCAAAGCAGGCCUCCUGCCUGCUCCAGCCGCUUGCAUGAGUCCCUGAGCUCAGCGCUUCCAGUCUGCCCCCCAGUCCCUGGUGCCUACGCACAGCCUCAAGCAACGCUGCAGAGGUGGCUGCCGGCGCGCUCGGAUGCAUGUCUGGGGACGUCGCUGCCGCGGUUUCUCCUUGCAGUUGCUUCUCUCUGUAGUAGGCACGCCAAAGCGAUGCUUCUGCACAAACCCAAACGAGGGCAGUCGAUUAGACGAGGGAGGAAUACCGUGCUGGGGGGAAAAAAAGCUGUUAUUUGGAACUAUUCAGAUCCAAUUCCAAAAAGAAAAAAAAAAGACAAAAAAAUUGAAAUAUGAGGAAUAAAACGCUGUCUUCUUGAACAGGUGACAAACUCUGCCGAGUUUGUGAAGCCUGCUCCUCUCUCUUCAGUCUCCUCCAGCCUGCCAGGGCAUGUGUUUUUAAGGCUGUCUCUUAAAAAGGCCAGUUCUUUGCAAAUGAUUCAAACCCAGCCCACUUUACUAACAGAAGAUAUCGCACCUAACAACAGGGCAAAGGCAUAUAUAAAAGGAAGCUGGGGUCUCAUUUCAAUCUCGACCUGGCGAGUUCUCUGAUGUGAACGUAGUAACUCCUUGGCUUGUGAAUAUGUCGUCCCUGGGACAAGCUCCCGGUGCAGCCACCGCAGGGCCAUGGCUUGCAAGGAGCGUGCUGUGUGGAUCCACCUGGACAGCAGGCAGUCCAACAUAUACAUUUAAAAUAUAUGUGAAUAUGCUCCCAGGAGGCCUCUCAGGGCAGCCACCCACCCUCAGACUGCUGUACUUAAACUACAAAUAAUGAGACUCCAUGCAAAAUGCAAUAACAUAAACAAAGGGUUUUCCAACCUCUUAAAGACUUAAAAAAAAAUCUGAUCAAAACCCCAGCAGCCCCAAAUAUUUACAUGUUGUCACUAUGGUGAUGAGUAAAAAUACAUCUCUAGCUGCAGGAAGUGGGCUGCGCUUUCCAGGCAGGGAUGGAGGGGCAGAGGAAAGAUGAAGGCGAUCCCAAAUGCACUCUGCACAUUGGCUUUUUUUCUCCCCAGCAAAUGGCCUGGGAAAGCUGGUGUUUGAGUGGCAGCGGGUGAUGCCCACAGGGCAUUUCUUGGAGGCGAGCGCGGGGUCGGCUUGGGCUGCCACAGGUCACCAGAGCUGCAACGGGGCCAACGCAUGGCAGGGGGAGCCCAAGCAGAUAAUGCCUCUGCCGUCAGAAAGUGCAAGUCUAGUCUUCAAAACGGUGUGGGGUCUCCCCAGCAGUGUUUGCUACCCAGAGCUGGUAUAUGAUGAAUAAGAGGCAAGACCAGGGCUUAGAGCAAGAGGGUAGGCUGGUUUAGCAGUUGUAAUACAGGGUGUUCCCACUGCCCGUGGUCCAUACGUAGGCUCUGCCGCGGUCCCAGCAUCUUCACACAGUGAUAUCAGCACAGCCUGGGUUUGGUGUGUUUAUGCUCCUCAUUCACGGCACUAGUCUUAGAAAUGCAAAACCAAACAGACUUCCCUGCAGAAAGAUAUAUUCCAUUCAUAGUCAUAUAUUCCAUUUUUACUUAAUAACUCAGCAUAUAUUUCAAGUUACUCCCAUAAGAUUCACAGUUAAAUGCCAAUGCCAAUACUGUAGUGAGCUGGAUUCUCGGAAACAUCCCCUGCUGAAGGGUGAAUUGCUAUGUGUGAGACAAACCUGAGGUGUCAUGAGCUGCAACAGUGACGCAUGGGCAGAAAGCGUCUUGCUAUGUAGGUAUCAAAAAGAAAGGUGGAGGCCAGAAUCAGGAGAGGUGAAAUAGCUUCUACCAAGGCAUCAGCUAGAAGCGCCAACUGAGCAUCAAACGUUGGACAGAAAAAGUUGGCCAGGAAGCUCAAGCCAAGACUCGCUUGCAGGACGAAUGCGCAGGCUCCUUGGUAGCCCAUGGGCAACCUCCUGAGGUCUGUGAGAAGCACGUCCUUGGCCAAGUUCAGUGCCACUCCCCACGCAGCCGUGACUGCUCCGCGUUUGCACUUCGGGAUGGUGAAGGUGUGAGUCUGGCGGCAUGUGCCAGGAUGUGCCGUGGUGCCCAGCAGGGCCCGACACGGCUGUGGCUCGCAGGAGCGCUGUGCAAACGGCGUUCUCCCAGCGGAGGCUGGUGAAGUUGUGUUUGGGUAGGAUGGGCGUUUGGCUAAUCACUCCAGCACGCACGCCCCAGAAACGUGGCAGUGGCUGCAUUUACCCUGCCGCUGAGCUUUCUGAAGGCUAAGAAACAUUUAUUGUAGGGUCAAUACCAGUUGUCAUAUUUCUAGCAGGAAAUAGUACAUGUAUUUUGUCACUCUUGCUCUUAUCAAAGCUGGCAUAUGUAUGAGCACCAUACACAUACUAUUACAUAUCUGUACCAUUAUAGACAUAUACAAGCACACACACACACACACGUCUACUCCUAACAUUGGCACCUUGAUCUCCAGUGAGUCAGUGAUUUAAAGUGCAGAAUUGCCAGACAGGGCUUCAGGUCUGUCAGAGGUGAGCCUGCAUGGGUUUAGCACAACCCCCUCAGCCUUCCCUAGAGUGAAAAUGAACAUGCGUCUCCCCAAAGACCCCCAGAAAUAGCCCCCAUGCCCUUAGCCUGUGCCUGCCUGUGCAGAGCUGUGGGGCAACCGUGGCCGAGCAGGGGCAGGUGGUGGGUCUCACUCCCUGUGGUGGCUGGGGGUCCCUGCCUCGCUGCCGUGGGGCAAGGCAACCCCAUGCUGCAGCGUGCAGUCCCUGGCGUCCAGCUCAGCUUUGGGCAUCCCCAGCUCCUGCCCAGGGCCAUGGAGGGGUGAGCUCCCUGCUACCACUCGGUGCCCCCUGCUUGCUGCUUCCCUCCCACCCUGGGCAUUAUUUGCUGUGUGUUUUCCAGUUAACUUGGUGUCCCCAGUCUCCGCUGGCCUGUCAAGGCUCCCCACGUGCUGGCAGCAGGAUGACCUGCCCCAGUCCAGGCUUGGCCGCUUCACUGCAAGGCAGUGGUGGGCGCUGCUGCGCGCAAGGCUGAGCACGUCCGAACUCUCGCCCAGACCCUCCCUGCACCUUAGCCACAUGUUGAAGCACCCCGGCUGGAGGGUGCCAAGUGGCGUGGCCAAGGACUGGACAGUGGCCAUCAUGGGAGAUGGGCUCCCUACACAACUGAGCAGCCAUUUUUUAGCUUGAAGUUCUCCCGUGGGAUGUCCACUAGUAAGAGCCCCAUUGCAUGGUGAAGACGUGGGACAUCGGUGUGCACUGAGGAACUGGCUAUGUUAAUUCAUAUUCCUGUACCACUCAGUAAUCCAUAUAUAAACAUAUUUCUGCUACUA